AUGUCUCCUCCAAUAAUCCAGCCAUACAGGUUAUUGCACAGAAUACUACUUCUACCAUAUCUACUAUCUGUUUGCAUUGCCAAAAACUGGGUAUCACUUCCAAUCCAUGCUCCACCAUCUCUAAUAAUCAGUGAAUCUUUUUCUCAUCAAGCUGAUAUUGCUAUUGGCACUCCUCCUCAGAACACCUCCUUCCAAAUCUCAAUAGACGAUUAUCUCUCAGCUGCUGUGAUACCUGAGUGUGAUUUUUGUCCAAGUGCAUGGAUGUAUGAUCCAAGUUAUUCCUCAAGCUUCAAUAUUACUCCUGAAAGAGUAGACAGUAUAAACCUUGGAGGAGCAAGAGGAACUGAAACAGUGACCUUGGGAGGUGUUUUACAGGACACUAAUGCUUCUAUAGUCUUCAUUGAUCAUAUGACUUCUCAAGUGUUGAACAGCCGGUUCAUUGGAGGCCGUCUGGGACUUUCACCAACACUCAACACCACUCGGCGUUCCAAGAACCUCCCCCUGAGACUUUAUGAAGAAGGUCAACUUCUAAAUCCUGUAUGGGGGCUCCGCAUGGGAGGAAGCAAUCCUCGGUUAACCAUCGGAGCAUUGGAUCCUACCGAGUAUCAAGGGGAGAUUAACUGGGUGCCAGAAUUGGGGGAUUCCUUAGAGAUCCAAGUUGAUGCCUUUAGAGCCUAUAACCAAAAUGUGUUACCGCUCCAAUAUCCCAUCACGGCAUCAUUGUCAAGUCAGAGCAAGGAAAUUUAUCUAAGCCCAAAUAUCGUGUACUUUUUUUUGAACGAGUCUCUUACCGGGCCGCUCCAAGAAGCUACCCUUCAUGAGGAUGGAUGGUUUGAUAUUCUAUGUAACGAAACGUCAAAAUUCGAAUUUUCGGUCGAUAUCAAUGGCGUCAACUACCCCGUGAGGGAGAUCAUUGAAGAGUCCAGUCCCGUCAUCAACGAUUUAGGGUUCUGUCGCGUAGCUGUUGGCCCGUCACCGAACUUCGUGCUGGGAAUUCGUUUCCUGCGAAGUGUUUACAUUGCAUACAGAUUUCCAACUGGAGACUGUCCGGGCUACUACGGCUUCGCGGUUCCAAAGGGUGUGAUUUCGAAGACGUUGACAAAUCAAAAGCCAAGGACGACGCCUACUGAUGCUGCAAGAUGUCUGUCCUUUGUUACGCCGACGUCAACUCCGAUUCCAACGAUCUCAGUGCAUGAAGGCCCAUUCCAGAUUUCGAAGGAGAAGUACAAGGUUUAUGGACAGGAGGAGGAUCAGUGGGUUGAAUUGAGAGGUGUGGAGGAUCUUCCGAUGCUUAAGACGAAGGGUAGUGUUACCGAUCUGUUCGGUUGA